AUGCUAGGAGCCCAACAACAAAAAAGAAUAGAGUCCAUUCGACAGGAAUUGGACUACUGUCUACAUAAGAUGAACGAUGUUGACAGUGUUGGAAGAGGGCUGGAAGACCUUAAGAUUUUGGUUGCAAGGAUGGAACUGGCGGACAUCCCUGGAGUGCUCUCAAGCGGUCUUUUGGACUCGGAAAAGAUGAGGCCUAUGGGCAGGAGGUUUAGUGUCAAGGUAGUUGACUACAUUGUCGAACGCUUUGGGACUGAACGCACCUUACCAUAUAUAAACUCAAUAAUGGCAUUCUUAAUUCAAGGGUGUAAGGAUAUGGAAGUGCAUGUCCAAAAUUCAGCAGUCUCAACAAUAGGAUUAAUUGCCAGUUCUUUUCUUACCGAAGAAAUUUUUCAAUUCAAUCAAGACGUUGUAGAUUAUUUCUUUGACCCGUUAAUUCAUUUUUCAAAAAAGGAAAGCAACCCAACAAUUCAAAUUAGUUCAAUUGCAGCGAUUAGUUCUGCAAUAGAUGGGAUGAGUACAAACCUAGUUAUUAUGAAUCUUAAUAAACUCAUGGGAAGCUUAGUUCCGAUUAUGAUGAACCCUAAUACUUCAGAGGCAUGUAGAGCAGUCGUAAUUGAUACAUUAAGGAAGUUAGUUGUUCUAGUUUGGACCUUUUUACAAGAAACCUCUUUUGGAAGUUCGCCAAACAUGUAUGACCUUAAACAAAAGCAAAGCGUUGACCCAGAAUUGAAUAUUAAUGGGGAAGGAUCCGAAUUAAAGCAAGUUGAAGGUAUCAGCGAUCAUCUAAUUCUUCCAAUUACUUGGAAACAAAUAUGUGGUAUUUUUAACGGGAUACUUAAAGAAUUGCAUCCAAACUAUACCACAAAUAGCAAAAAUAUUAAUGUUAGAAGUGCAUCUCUUUCUCUUCUAACUGAAGUAAUGGUCUGUUGUUUUGUUGCACAAGCAGGAGCUCUCUUAGCUGCGCAUAACAGCAAUAUUCCUUUACAAAAACCAAUUGAUGGAAUCAAAACUUAUGCAGAAGUUAUAAUCAAUGUAGUAAAUCUUGGAGCUAAGGAUAAGUCACCCAAAGUUAGGGAAGUUGCUCAGUAUUGUAUUAAAAGACUUCAAGAAGCAAAUGAAGCUUACAUCCCUAAUGGUGACGAAAUGAUGGGUUUUACUCCAAAUAUUAAAAUAAUAGAAAAGGAGCAGCUUAAUAACCAAAAUGUUUCGAAAGUUUCUAAAUUUCGGAAUAGAAUUAUGAAUGAAGAUUUCUUUAAAAAUGCAACCGACGAAAUCUUAGUUAAACAUGUUUCACCUCCCUCCAACUGGAGACAAAUUCAAAACAGCAUUAUGGAAGGCCAGGGCCAACAGAUAAAGUUAGACACAACAACAAAGAGUAGUGAAGAGGACCGAGUUGAUAGAGAGGAACAAUAUUGUGCGUCAGUUUCUAGCAUUGCAGAAACUCAAUCGGUCCAUAGCAACAACAAUGGUAACUUAGAUACAAACGAAUCAAUUGGUCAAGUUAAUACUAAUAUUCAAAAAUGCCCUAUUUCACAUAUUACUGAGACUUUAAACCAAAAUCUUGUUUUACCAAGUUCUAAUUAUUCUUCUACAGUAUCGUCAAAUAUCAACACUCCUCUUCCAUCUCCUUUGUAUAUUGUUGCUCAGCCUCCUGUCAUACAAGGCCAUAUGAUGAACUAUUCAGGUAUAAAUCAAGAAUCAAACGAGAAACAACUAAUUCUAGAAAAAAAGGUAGAAGAACUUAGUAAAGAACUAAAAAGACUUAUCAUAAGGCAAAACGAACUGGAGAAUGUUGCCCAUGUACUGAAGAUGGUUGCGAUACAGAGAGUGGACUCCUUGGAAGAGAAGAUAAAAGGCUUGUCUGAUUCUUUUAAGGAGACAACGAAAGAGACAAAGUCGGAAAUAGACAAGAUCCAAAGUGAGAAGAUGGAUUUGGAAGAAGAUUUGAAAUACUUGUCUUCACAGGAGAGAAAGGAGAUGAUUGGAGAAUUUCGUAGGCAACUAUACAACAAGGCAAAAAAAAUAGUAGUUGAAAAUAAGUAG